AUGAAGAGCCUCUUCGUGCUUGCAGCGCUGGCUGCCGCGCCGAUCGCGGCGACGCCCGACCCGACCUACUGCCCCAACAUCUUUUACCAGGCCGGCAACCUCAUUCUGCAGAGCCCAUUCCUCCUCUCGCAGGACGCCAGUGUCACCAAUGCAUGCCACUCGUGCAUUGCCAAGCUGGCGGCGCAGCAGACGUAUGCACCCUUGUGCUACGUCAUCGGCAUGCCCGGCUACGACCCAGCGUACUCGAUUGCGCAGGACUGCCACUGCCUCUCGCUCGGGCUCACGGAGGCGUGUGCGCAAGCGUGUUUGCCCAACCCGAUAUGCUCGGCCAGCUCGAUGCGCGCCGAGUGCACGGCGUGCGUCGCCAAGAACGCGCCGUCGACCUGCGACCGCAACGCCUGGUCGCUGCCGUGCUACGAGACGUGCCAGAACCCGAGCUGCAUCACCGAGUGCAGUGCGGGGCCGCAGUGCCACCCGUCGGAUGCCAUCUGCGCCGCCUGCGUCUCGCAGCAGUCAGCGUCGUGCAGCACCUCUGUGGCGAGCUACGGGCGUCCGUGGAGCGCCGCAUGCACGGCCGGUUGCUACUCGAGCACGUGUGCCAAGCAGUGCAACCGCGUCUGCGGCGACGGCUUUCUCACGGCCGACGAGCAGUGCGACGACGGCAACACCGACCCGGGCGACGGGUGCGCACCCAACUGCCAGAUCGAGCCCAACUUUGCCUGCACCGGGACAACGACGAGCACGUGCCACCUCGGGUCGUGCGGCGACGGCGUCCUUGAAGGCAAGGAGACGUGCGACGACGGCAACCAUGUAAGUGGCGACGGCUGCUCGUCGGCGUGCCAGGUCGAAGUCGGUGCAUCGUGCACCGGGACACCGUCGCGAUGCACGGCCGUUUGCGGCGAUGGCGUCCUCGCCAGCGGACUCGAGGGCUGCGACGACGGCAACCUCACGUCCGCGACGGGUGCAGGCUACAGCUGCGCCGCCACUACCGCGCGCAAGUCGCAGUGCACACCAGUGUGCGGGGACGGCUACGUCCUUCCCAACGUUGAGCGCUGCGACGACGGCAACACGGCGUCCACGUCGACGUGCGCUGCCACCUGCGGCGACGGCGUCGUUGCUUUUCCUAUCGAGGCAUGCGACGACGGCAACCAUAUUUCCGGCGACGGCUGUUCGUACUCGUGCUCCGUCGAGGAGGGCUUCCAGUGCGCGGGUACUGCACCCUCGACAUGUGCUCCGGUCUGCGGCGACAGUCGUCUCGAAGGCACCGAAGCGUGCGACGACGGCAACACGCUCGACGGCGACGGCUGCGAUCCGUACUGUGCGAUCGAGACGGGCUGGGCAUGCUCGAAUGUCGACGCGCCCAACUCGGUGUGCAAGCCGAUUUGCGGCGACGACAUGGUCACGGGGUGGGAAGAGUGCGACGGCACAACCCCAGGCUGCGUCAACUGCAAGCGCACGACGCCCGGCCCGUCCGAGUACGAAGACGACCUUGUACUGGCUACGAUUACAAAACCACCUCCCAGGUGCGGCAAUGCGAUCCUCGAGACGGGCGAGCGCUGUGACGACGGCAACACCAAGUCUGGUGACGGCUGCACGUCGACAUGCACGAUCGAACCGGGCUACGUGUGCAGAGGCACCAACUGCUUUGGUGUCUGCGGCAACAGCAUCAAGACGACCAGCGAAGGCUGCGACGACGGCAACACCAGAUCCGGUGACGGCUGCUCCGGCACGUGCGCUGUCGAGACAGGCUACCGAUGUACCGUAACCAGCGCGGGCAGGUCGUCGUGCAGUCCUCUCUGCGGCGACGGCCGCGUGCUCUCGCCCGAGACUUGCGAUGACGCCAACGCCGUGGCUGGUGACGGGUGCAGCAGCACGUGCACGGUCGAAGCGGGUUUUCGGUGCAGAGCCAAUGCCAACGGUGUCUCGUCGUGCACGCCUAUCUGCGGCGACGGGAUCAAAGCGGCCUCGGAAGCAUGCGACGACGGCAACACCAGGGCCGGCGACGGCUGUAGCGCCACGUGUACCAUCGAGCGCGGCUUUGCUUGCAGCGGCACCAAGCCCAGUUUGUGCGCGGCGGUGUGCGGUGAUGGUAUUGUCGCUGGGUCCGAGGCCUGCGACGUUGGCAACACGGCGGGCACGGCCGGGUGCUCGAGCACGUGUCGACUCGUGCCGGGAUUCCAGUGCUCUGGUAGCCCGUCCGUGUGCUCCCGCGGCGUGUCGUGCGGUGACGGGAUCGUGUCGCCUGGCGAGCAGUGCGACGACGGCAACACCAAGUCGGGCGACGGAUGCAGCCACCGCUGCCGCACCGAGGCACUGUACACGUGCAACGGAUCGGCGCCGUCGACGUGUGUCAAGAGCAACUGCCGUAACAUCCGGCGCGACUGGGCUGCGCUCUCGGCCCAAGACAAGGCCAAUUUCAUGACGUGCGUCGACCGCAUGUUCCAGAGCGGGUACUACCAAAAGCUCACGGGUGUCCACGUCUACAGACCCAACGACCAGUACGCACACCACACCAACGGCUUUGUGCAGUGGCACCGCAAGUGGCUGCUCAUGGUGCAGAACCUUCUCCGGUCCAUGGGCGGCGUCUGCGCUUGCAUGGACCUUCCGUACUGGGACUGGACGCGAGACGCCGCCAACAUGCAGUCGAACGGCUGCCGCAACAAGCUCGAAUGCCACCCUGUCUUGCGAGAGUGGGGCGGCGGCGGCUCGACCAGAGGCACGUACAAGACGGUCCCUGUGUACAACGACCCUGCGAGGGGAUCGCCGUCGGGCCGUGCCACCGGCUACUGCGUUGUGAACGACAUUACGAGAAACUGGCGCGCGGGCAUGACCCUUGGCCGGUUCUCGACUGCAUACGACCCCAACUGCCCCGUGCUCCGUCGUGGCUGGGGUGACACCAGCGACGACAGCGGGUAUUACUCGGUGCCCAUGGCAACCACGUCCUUCCUGCGCCUCGCCUCGAAUCUGGCGCGGGCGACGUCGUACCGGUCGUUCAUUCCGAUCGCGCUCGGUGACAUCCACGUCUUGCCACACAACAACAACGGUGGGUUCCUCACGACGUUUAUCAGCCCCGCCGACCCGGUCUUUCUCUUGCACCACGGCAACGUCGACCGUGUGUAUGCGCUCUGGGAGGCCUGCCACGGGUGCACCCGCCCGUCACGCACGACACGGACAGUCGAGGGCACGUGCUACGUCGGCAGCAACAGCGGCGACGGCAUCAACGAGGAAAUGAGCUUCUUGACGUACGACGACAUCGGCGGUGGCCGGUACAACAUCGUCGCCUCGGACGUUGCCACCGACUUUGCCGAGUGGAUGCCGCAAGGGUUCCGUACGCCCGGCGACAUGAUGGACACAACGUCGCUUGGCGAGUACGCGUACCGGUAUGGCUCGAACGCCUUUGACAGCCAGCUCUGGACGGCGAGCGGCUGUUCGACCAAGCAGCCGUCGGCCGUGCUGCUCGCCGAGCAUCCCAACUUUGUCGCGUUGAAAGCUGCUGCCGACAUGAACGCGACCUCGUCGUACAACGACGCGGAGACGACCAAGUACCUCGAUUGGGUCCAGAACCUCCUCGACAAAGUCCGCUCGUUCGUCACGUCGCUGCAGCAGUCGAACCUCUUUAGCCUGCCGUUCGCCCAAGGCUUGCUCGGACACCUUGCGUCGCUCGACAUGUAUGUGGUCGACGUAGCAGCCACGUGCGAGUGCAUGCACGUCAACAAGCUUCUCCUCGGGCGGUCGGCGGCCGGUGACUACAGCGCCACGUGCCACGACGUCUCGCCGGCCUUUCAGCGGCACUGGAACAAGACGUUUCGCGAGACGCGCAGCUGCUUCCAUCGGCUCCACAACGCGGACGAGGUCGACGUGCUCCAGCGCCGGUACUGCGACGUGAUCCUCAACCCCAACUUUGACGCGGCGCUGCAGUCCUUCCUUGCCGAUGUCACGAGUGCGCUCGCGCCGUCGCUCCUCGAGAGCCUCGCCAACUACUUGAAGUAG